AUGACGGAGCUGGAGUCCGAGGUGCUGCCCCUGCCGCCCCGCUACCGCUUCCGCGACCUGCUGCUGGGCGACCAGUCCUUCCAGAGCGACGACAGGGUGCAGGUGGAGUUCUACGUGAAUGAGAACACCUUCAAGGAGCGCCUGAAGCUCUUCUUCAUCAAAAACCAGCGGUCGAGUCUGAGGAUCCGGCUCUUCAACUUCUCGCUGAAGCUGCUCACCUGCCUGCUCUACAUCGUCCGCGUCCUGCUCGACAACCCGGAGGAGGGCAUAGGCUGCUGGGAAUGCGAAAAGCAGAACUACACGCUCUUCAACCAGUCCACAAAGAUAAACUGGUCACAUAUCUUCUGGGUGGAUAGAAAACUGCCACUGUGGGCUGUUCAGGUCAGCAUAGCUCUGAUCAGCUUCCUGGAGACCAUGCUGCUCAUCUAUCUCAGCUACAAGGGGAACAUCUGGGAACAGAUUUUCCGCAUUUCUUUCAUCCUCGAGAUGAUCAACACAGUGCCCUUCAUUAUCACGAUAUUCUGGCCUCCUCUGCGGAAUUUGUUCAUCCCCGUUUUUCUGAACUGCUGGCUUGCCAAGUACGCCCUGGAAAACAUGAUAAACGACCUGCACCGAGCCAUCCAACGGACCCAGUCGGCGAUGUUCAACCAGGUGCUCAUCCUGAUCUGCACCCUGCUCUGUCUCGUUUUCACGGGCACCUGCGGCAUCCAGCAUUUAGAAAGAGCAGGUGAGAAGCUCUCCCUCUUCAAGUCCUUCUACUUCUGCAUCGUCACCUUUUCCACGGUGGGCUACGGAGACGUGACACCAAAGAUCUGGCCUUCCCAGCUCCUCGUCGUCAUCAUGAUCUGCGUCGCUCUGGUCGUGCUGCCGCUGCAGUUCGAGGAGCUCGUCUACCUGUGGAUGGAGCGGCAGAAGUCGGGAGGCAACUACAGCCGUCACCGGGCCCAAACAGAGAAGCACGUUGUGCUGUGCGUCAGCUCCCUCAAGAUCGACCUCCUCAUGGACUUCCUCAACGAGUUCUACGCCCACCCGCGCCUGCAGGACUACUACGUGGUGAUACUGUGCCCCACGGAGAUGGAUAUCCAGGUGCGGCGGGUCCUGCAGAUCCCGCUGUGGUCGCAGCGGGUCAUCUACCUCCAGGGCUCCGCGCUGAAGGACCAGGACCUCAUGAGAGCCAAGAUGGACAAUGGAGAAGCCUGCUUCAUCCUCAGCAGCCGAAACGAGGUGGACCGCACGGCAGCGGACCACCAAACCAUCCUGAGAGCCUGGGCUGUGAAAGAUUUUGCUCCAAACUGCCCUCUCUAUGUUCAGAUCUUAAAGCCGGAGAACAAGUUUCACGUGAAGUUUGCCGAUCACGUCGUCUGCGAGGAGGAGUGCAAGUACGCCAUGCUGGCGCUUAACUGCGUCUGCCCCGCCACCUCCACGCUCAUCACGCUGCUGGUGCACACCUCCCGAGGCCAGGAGGGCCAGGAGUCCCCAGAGCAGUGGCAGAGGAUGUACGGGCGAUGCUCAGGCAAUGAGGUCUACCACAUCCGCAUGGGCGACAGCAAGUUCUUCAUGGAGUACGAGGGGAAAAGCUUCACCUAUGCCGCCUUCCACGCACACAAGAAGUACGGCGUCUGCCUGAUCGGCAUCCGGAGGGAGGAGAACAAGAGCAUCCUGCUGAACCCUGGCCCGCGGCACAUCAUGGCCGCGUCCGACACCUGCUUCUACAUCAACAUCACCAAGGAGGAGAACUCUGCCUUCAUCUUCAAGCAGGAGGAGAAGCAGAAGAAGAAGGGCUUUGCGGGCAGGGGCACCUAUGACGGCCCGUCCCGCCUGCCCGUGCACAGCAUCAUCGCCAGCAUGGGUACAGUGGCCAUGGACCUGCAGAACACCGAGUGCCGCCCCGCCAACAGCAGCAAGCUGGCGCUGCCGGCGGAGAACGGCUCGGGCAACCGCCGGCCCAGCAUCGCGCCCGUCCUCGAGCUGGCUGACACCUCGUCCCUGCUGCCCUGCGACCUGCUCAGCGACCAGUCGGAAGACGAGAUGACGCAGUCGGAUGAGGAGGGCUCAGCGGUGGUGGAGUACGUGAAAGGCUACCCACCGAACUCCCCCUACAUCGGGAGCUCCCCAACCCUGUGCCACCUUUUACCAGAGAAGGCCCCGUUCUGCUGCCUGAGGCUGGACAAGGGCUGCAAGCACAACAGCUUCGAAGACGCCAAGGCCUAUGGGUUUAAGAACAAGCUGAUCAUCGUGUCGGCAGAGACCGCUGGCAACGGACUGUAUAACUUCAUUGUCCCCCUUCGUGCGUACUACCGGUCCCGCAAAGAGUUAAACCCGAUUGUGUUGCUUCUGGACAACAAGCCAGAGCACCACUUUCUGGAAGCCAUCUGCUGUUUCCCCAUGGUUUACUACAUGGAAGGCACGAUUGAUAACCUGGACAGCUUGCUGCAGUGCGGCAUCAUCUACGCCGACAACCUGGUGGUGGUGGACAAGGAGAGCACGAUGAGCGCGGAGGAGGACUACAUGGCCGAUGCCAAGACGAUCGUCAACGUCCAGACCAUGUUCAGGCUCUUUCCCAGCCUCAGCAUCAUCACGGAGCUGACCCACCCCUCCAACAUGAGGUUCAUGCAGUUCAGAGCGAAGGACAGUUACUCGUUAGCCCUUUCCAAGCUAGAAAAGAAAGAGCGCGAGAACGGCUCCAACCUGGCCUUCAUGUUCCGCCUGCCCUUCGCGGCCGGCCGGGUCUUCAGCAUCAGCAUGCUGGACACCCUGCUCUACCAGUCGUUCGUGAAGGACUACAUGAUCACCAUCACCAGGCUGCUGCUGGGCCUCGACACCACGCCGGGCUCCGGCUACCUCUGCGCGAUGAAGAUCACGGAGGACGACCUGUGGAUCCGGACGUACGGCCGCCUCUUCCAGAAGCUCUGCUCCUCCAGCGCAGAGAUUCCCAUCGGCAUCUACCGCACGGAGUCGCACAUGUUCGCCACCUCUGAGCCCCACGACAUCAGAACGCAGUCACAGAUCUCCAUCAAUGUUGAGGACUGCGAGGACACGAAGGACGUGAAGGAGCACUGGGGCAUCAAGACGAGCCACCACAGGAACUCGUGCUCCAGCGACCAGUCCGAGCACCCGCUGCUGCGGCGCAAGAGCAUGCAGUGGGCGCGCCGGCUGAGCAGGAAGGGCAACAAGCACUCCAGCAAGACGGCCGAGUGGAUCAGCCAGCAGCGGCUCAGCCUGUACCGGCGCUCUGAGAGGCAGGAGCUGUCGGAGCUCGUCAAAAACCGCAUGAAGCACCUGGGCCUGCCCACCACCGGGUAUGACGAGAUGAACGACCACCAGAACACCUUGUCCUACGUCCUGAUCAAUCCUCCCCCGGACACGCGGCUGGAGCUCAACGACAUCGUGUACCUGAUCCGCUCGGACCCGCUGGCGCACGUGGCCAACGACGGGCACAGCCGCAAGAGCAGCUGCAGCAACAAGCUGGGCCCCUGCAACCCCGAGACGCGGGACGAGACCCAGCUCUGA